CAUAUCUAGAACUUUUUAGGCUCAACCACCGUACGAAGACGCCAUAUAUGUCCUCAGACGCAUGCGGAAUAGAGGCGAAACCAGUUAGGCUCAACGUCCCGCCGGCCUGUUCCGCAAGUCUCGUGCUCGGUGUCCGUCCUCGCUUGGAGAUGAACUGCCCGUUGUGGAGGGUACCCUGUCACGUCGACACAUGGCUGACUCGACACCUCCUACACUCCCCGUUCCCCCAUUCCCUGCCUAUGAAACUAUCUUCCCUUCUUCCCGGGCCCAGGCCCUUGCUUGCCUUGCCUCUGUGGUGUCGAUCUCUUUCCCAGGCUGGUCCAAAUCGCUAACACCUUUCGAUCUUUCUUCUUCUCCGCUGGUCAACCCACGAUCAUUACAUUCGCGACUCUCACUACUGUCCGGCGGCGCGCGCUGGGUGCGCUUUACUCUCAAACCCACCCUCAGUCACUCCUUUGUCGAAUCGCCCGCAACUUGCUAUUGCCCAUGGCUUGAGGCAACCGCCCUGCACCUACGAAUUAUGAAAUAUUGCAGCAACUUGGUUUGAACACGGACCAAGACGAAGUAUCAUUCUCCUCCGAUCGCGCCGUCUAUCGACGAAAGUUCGCCGCGAUCAGGGACACGAUGGAGGGUGACGCUGCCAGGUAUGGUUCCGACCCGAGGAACCAGACCAAGAAUCCGGAUAUUUUUAUAGUGGACGAGAUCGCCGGGACGACGCACUGGGACCUGAACAUGACCCCAACGGAGACCAAUGCGCUGAGAGGGCACAGUGCCGACACAAAUGCGGAAAUGGAGACGAGGUGGGUGGAGGGGACCACAGUAAUUCACGGCGCACAACCAACAAAUUCGACAAUCGAUAUCGACCCUCCGAGACCCGCAGUCGUGACGAACAACGACUACAGCGACCUGCCCGAGGUAGUGGAGGCCAUACCGCCGUUAUGGGAUCUCGCCGACGACAAGAUGCCCGUCAUCAUCGAUGCGGGCAGUGAGAAAAUCGCCGCGAUGGAAGGGCACGGGCAAAUGCCAGCGUCAUUGCUCUCACCAUCAAUUGCGGAUCCAGUUCCAGCUUAUCCCCAUCCCCGCAGCCUCAUGUCCCGGUCGUCGAAUCUGAGCACGAUGCCCCUCACCGGUGACCGCAGUAUGCCAAGCUCGCCGUUCUACGACAAGAUGCAGAUCCAAGAUGAGGAAUCGCGCGAGGUCAAGGUCUGCGGCAUGGGGAGCCGCAUGUUCAUGUGUGUGGCGAUUAGUCUUCUGUGCUUCGUCCUCGUACUGCUUGCCACCGUCCUCGGCGUAACUUUGACCAUGAAGGGGCAGAGGUCGAGCAGCAGUUCAAGUUCCGUACCCCAAAAUUAUUUCGCAAUCCUAAACAACACGCAACUGGCCGCGGUAAAUUGGACAGAUACGACUGGUGUCGCUCGGUCGGCCUUGUUCUACCAAGACUCUGAGAGCUCCAUUUUAGUGUCCCUCCGCGACUCGAUUAGCAAUAAUUGGUACUACAGCAAUGUCACGCAGGCGGUGUUGAAUAUGACCGGAGCAGACGAACUGGACGUCCUCGCAGGGACACCGUUGGCAGCCGUGACGAACUCGUAUCAAGUCAGCCUGUACUACCUGACAAACGACAAUCUGGUGGCGGAGAUCUGGGCUUCCGACAUUGUCGGCGAAGUCUGGUUCGCAGGAGAGCUCGGCACGCGCCUGGCGCCUCAGGCGAUGGAGGGCUCCAAACUUUCGGCCUACUGGCAGAUCUGCGACAACUGCACCAACUCGUUAUUCCUGACAUAUCAAGAGCCAUCCGGAAGUAUUCAGCUUUGCAACCUCACCAACAACACAUGGUCAUAUGCCGGCCCAGUCGGCACCGAAUUGUCCAUGAAUGGAACUGGAUUAUCACUACGCCCUUUCACUGAUAACGACGGCAUCGGUCAGUAUGGUACAAUGGACAACGCGUUGCGGGUGUACCACUUCGACAACUCGGGAAAGCUACAGGAGAUCAUGAACGGCCCGGAGACAAACUUCACCUGGAUGGACGGCAGCUCCGAUGUCUCUAUAAGCAGCGCCGCAGCAAUGGUCAACCCCAGUCCGGACCUGGUUUCAGUUUCGUACGGCGACCACGGGUGGACGAACAUGAUGGUGACGUUCCUCGCCUCGGACGGCACCCUGACAUCCAGCUUCUGGAAUGAGAGCGCCUGGACGGCCGGCGCGCCCACCCUCAGCGGCGGCCCGGCGGGCUCGACCAACUUCACGGCGAUAGCCACGACACAGAACAGGAUGAUUUACGGGCUGUCGGAAGUCGGCAUAUUCGAGUACCACUUCGACGACAACAACCCGCUUAAUUGGAUCUUCACAUCCGACGUGGCCAUCAGCUGA